CACUUUCUUCAGUUCCUCGAUUUCGUUGGCCAUUUUGUAUGUGAUUCGGCUGUUCUCAAGAUGAAGAGUUGCUGCUGGAAGUUGUCUCCCUUUUAAGGUGCGAUCACCACUCCUGGAACAGAGAUCCACGGCCCUGCAGCAGUUCACGCCCACAACCACGGAACUAUGUGUACGAGGUCGAAACCCGAGGCAUCUCCGCAUGGAACGCUUGUCCAUUGGACGGCAACGUGUUUGAAGGAGUCAGGCCGCUGCGGCCUCAUUGUGCCGAUCCCAAAGCGUCGCGGGGGAGUUUCGCCGAUUAUGUUUCCCCGCCACAAGGCGGCUUACCGAGCUUUGUGGGGUAGACUAGUAGAGCUCCAGUUUUCUCUUAUUGUCUAAUGAUGGCAUAUCCGUCAGGAACCUGUGCUCCUUCACUGCCAUCUUGUCACAAUGGGUCUUCCUGAGCAUAUCGAAACGCGUCUGUUCAUCAAUGGGGAGUUUGUGGAGUCCUCAAACGGGAAAACAUUUGAUAUACACAACCCCGCGACUUUGGAGCUGGUAGCGAAAGUGCACGAAGCAUCCGAAGACGACACCAAUCGAGCUGUAGCAGCGGCCAAAGCAGCCUUUCCAGCAUGGUCUGCCUUGUCACCUGAUGAACGUGCUCCCUACUUCAGGAAGCUUGCGGCAUUGAUCCGGGAGAGCAACGAUGAACUGGCUGCGCUUGAGGCUGCAUCCAUGGGAAAGCCGGUUGGCGCCUUUUUCGAUGCCUAUGCCUGCGCUUCCAAAUGGGAGUACUUCUCAGAGGCUGGGUAUAACGUGCAAGGUGCAACCAGCGUUCAGACUCCCGGGUUCAUCAACAUGACUCUGCGACAACCCUAUGGUGUCGUGGCGGCCAUCAUCCCCUGGAAUGUGCCUCUCCUGUUCCUCGCGAACAAGCUUGCGCCUGCUCUUAUCGUCGGCAACACAGUUGUACUGAAGAGUAGCGAGAAGGCACCCCUUACUUCAUGCAAGAUCGCCACUCUGGUGCAGAAAGCUGGUUUCCCACCGGGAGUCAUCAACAUCAUCACAGGAUUUGGAAAUGUGUCGGGAUCCGUUCUCAGCCAUCAUAUGGACGUUCGCGCAUUGUCUUUCACUGGCUCUGGAAGGACGGGGCGUCUGAUUCAGGCCGCUUCUGCCAAGUCCAAUUUGAAACAGGUGUACUUGGAGUUGGGCGGCAAGUCGCCGGCUGUGAUUUUCGAAGACGCGGACCUUCAGCGAGCGGUCAAGGAGACGGCGUACAGUAUCCAGUGGAACAGCGGACAGGUGUGCAUGGCCAACAGUCGCAUCUAUGUCCAGGAUACCAUUGCCGAGAAGUAUAUCGAGCUGUUCAAAGAGCAAUGGAAGGAUGUGGCGAUGGGGAAUCCGAUGGAGAAGGGCACCGGCCAUGGGCCCCAGGCUGAUGAGAUUCAACACAAGACGGUUCUGAAGUAUCUGGAAAUGGGAAAGCAGUCAGGUGACCUUUUAUUGGGCGGCGGCGCUCCUUCGGACCGCGAGGGGUACUAUAUUCAGCCAACCAUCUUCGCGAACACUCCCGAGGACGCGACCAUCAUGAAGGAAGAAGUGUUCGGCCCGGUGGUGAACAUCAAUAUAUUCAAGACCGAGGAGGAAGUGCUGCAGAAGGCAAACGACACCGAGUACGGCCUCUAUGCGUCGGUCUACACAAAGGAUAUUGAUCGCGCCCUGCGGUUCGCCAAAGGGCUCGAAGCCGGCACUGUGGGCGUCAACUGCACAAGCCCUACCACUGGGAAGGACAUGCCGUUUGGAGGUUACAAGUCUUCUGGGAGCGGUCGCGAGGGAGAACCGUUCUACAGCCUGAACAACUUCCUGGAGACGAAGUCUGCUGAAGACGAUGGGGGCGGUUCGCCAAGAAAUCUCAACAUCGUAGCGUUACCGGGUCCAUGUCGAUAUUGUGCUCGAACCGGGGCUGUGUGCCGCAUAGCUACUCCCCGUCGCAAACGACCCUACUACCAUGUAACUGAGGAAGAAUACCAAUGCUCUAUGCGUAUCCUGGAAUAUUUCUUCCCGGACCGAGAGUUGAACUUGCAUACUCUUCGAGCCCUUGCAAAGGAAGCUGCUGAUGGGACGCUCACCCCGGCUACUUCGCUGCCGCCUGGUGUUUCCCCAGCUCAGAGUCAAGGCACCAAUGGGGAAGAACUCAGCCCUGAGGAGCCGGAGCCCGUGGUCGAGUCCGUGAGCGAAUUGCACGAACCCCUUGGCUGUCUGAUGAGAGACUCUCAGGGAAGGUUCCGCUAUAUUGGUGCCCACUCAGAGAUACCCUUCAACGCCGCAGUGUGCGCCAUAGGGAAAGAAAGACCAAAGGGAUCCACGCUGAUACCGCCACCCAAGGUCGGGUCGUAUCCACCUGCACUCUUGACUCCCUCACCCUCACAGGAUGGCUCUUCACCAGCUGAGCAGUACUAUCUUCCGCCGCGGGAAAUAUGUGACUACUACAUCUCCCGUUUCCUCGAGGAAGUGCAUUGCACCCAUUGGUUCUACUCCAUUGAAGCAUUCCUGAACCGAGUGGACCGGACCUAUUCGGAGCAGGGACCCGAGAUGAGCAGUUCAUGGCUAUGUUCAUUAUAUGCUAUAUUUGCCCUUGGUGCGUCGGGGAAUGACGGACGUGCCAGUCAAUCCGUUGUCAAUCCGUCGGCGCCGUAUGACGACAAGGACACUACGGAUUACAUAUCCAUGGCCAAGAGGUUGAUUCCGGCGGUCUAUGAUGAAGCUGACAUCGAUAGCAUUCGUGCCUUGGCCAUUCUGAGCAUAGCACUGGAGAUGUUGUGCUCGAGAGUGGCAUCGUAUCUCUACAUGGGUGCCAGUAUACAGAUGGCAUAUUCGCUAGGCCUACAUCGAGAUCAGGUACCUGACACGUGCGGAACGCUGGAGCGAGAACAGUACCGGAGACUGUGGUGGACAUUGUUCACGCUUGAGCAGGAGGUGGCUGCAAGAGGCGGGAUUCCGCCGGUGGUUGAUGAGCGAAUCCUCAAGGUCGAUACAGCUCUACCUUCAGAGCAGAUCCUGUAUCCGGGGAUGCAUACUCCAUUAUCAUGGCUCUCUACAUGGGUGUCACUCUGUCGCCUCAAGAGAGAAAUCAUUCAGGCGGUCUAUCCCGAACGCACCGCCAACCCCCGUACAAUCUCAUUUUCCACGAUUUCGAGUUUGCUCCUGGCUCUACAAAAAUGGCUUCAAACGAUGCCCGAACAUCUCAAGCCCGACGUACCCGUACCACCGACCCAUAAACGCGCCGUCGCCGCUCUUCACCUCCAUUACUGGGGCUGCGUGAUUCUCCUCAGCCGCCCAUUCUUGCUCUCGUUAGUGCUCAAGCACACUGCGCUCGACUCGAACAAGAAGAUCUGGUUCGAGAGAAUGGGGAAGACGUGCAUUGAUGCAGCGCAGAAGAGUCUUGCCGUCCUCCAGCAGUUGGCAGCCGCGAAUGCGCUCUCCAGCAUGACGGCGUUUGAUAGCACCUGCAUCUUGAGGAUUGUCAUGAUUUUCAUCCUGGCGUUUGGCCACACGAAGAUGCAGCACUAUCGUACUAACAUCGACGAAACGCUGCGGUUAGUCAAUGGUAUGCAUCAAGUCGGUUUCUGCAAGAUGGUCGCAGAAGAAACACCGAUGCGAUUGAGAGAUCUGGGAAUCACCAGCGACACUUCCUCGAACAUACUAGACGAUCAGUUACUCGCAGAACUCUGGGGUAAUCUGGACCCUAACUUCAUGACACCGUUACAGACGCAGCAAAGCCUGGACCUUGCAUUCGACGACAUGGGCGCCUUUGAACUGAAUUCCGAGAUGCUGCAAUUCACGAACCUGGAUGAUUCUAUAAUCCUCGACCCCUCGCAAGUAUACCCCAAUUUCCUAUCCAAUAUGUAAAUUAUGUCCGCAACGCAUUGGCGCUUCCUAGCCGCUUCCCCGUCGUGCCACCAAAAGCCACAAAGAAGGGAGAAUCUGGGCAAUGAAACGAAAUGCAUGCGAAGUUUCCC